GUCAAGAAUGCCUUGCAAGGUAUUACGCAACCGCACGAGUAUUUCCUCCCUACCGGCGGAAAUCCUUGAAUGGAUUAUAUACGUUUUGGCCGCACAAGUUCUUGGACCGGAUCUCUGGCCCGACAAUGGGCAAGAGUACGCCCGGAUACUCCUCCAGAUAACGCACGUCUGUCGCUGCUGGAAACACGUUGCGCAUGCUUCUCAGCGAUUGUGGGUCAACGUCUUCAUUGGCAAGCAGCAUCCGGAGUUUAUCGAGCUAGCACUCAAACUCUCGGGGACAAGCCUGCUCGACGUACGUGCGAUCGACAGCAUAGACCAGUCGCCCAACGACGCUUCCAGGCACGCCAAUCAGCUUGCUUCUCUGCUCACUGAGCACAUGCAUCGAAUUCGCGUCCUCAUUGUAUACCCAGCCAUUGACGAGGCGAUGAAGAAGCACACCUUCCCUACCAACUUGGACGCCCCCGAGCUGCGUUGUCUUCACCUCUACAAAGCCCUGUCGUUCGAGCGUCCAGCCUGGUUGUCGCUAAGAUGUCCUAACCUCGAAGACCUUCAUGUCGUUGGUGCCACCGAUUUCGCGACAUGGCACACCAUUGAAAGAAAUCUCUGCCUGCCGACUCUCCAGCGACUCGAGAUCAACCCAUACUCACGAUCCGCCGAAACAACCAGAAUCCCUACACUUCAAGACAUUUUGAAGAUGCUCCGCCGGCUACCGCAUCUCGAGUCCCUCUCGGUGACUGUGCCCUCUUGGGUUGUAUGGCCUGACCUGCAAGAGGAGGUCUCGCUGCCAAAACUCCAGGACCUCAUGAUCUUCUACACUCAUCCGGACGAUUCAAACCAUUCGAAACUGCUGCAAAGCCUGAUUAUCCCGUACAACACCCACCUUGAGGUCGGAUGGAGCACCUUUCAGAUACCUGCAGGAAGGCGAGUACCUUCAAUGAUGCACGCUCAAGAUCUGAUCUUUCAGAGUACGCUGCCUACAACCUUGCUGGCUUUCGGCAUCAUAUUCCGCCCGCAUGGUUAUAUUACCAUGCAUGGGCGCACUUUCGUCGGACAGACCAUGAGGGACGACGGCACUGGGGAUUCUCACGACUUCCUUCUGGAAACCGCAUCGCCAGCCACCGUGCGCUGGUUUGGUGAUCAUCUUCCACUGGAUAGGGUCCUCGCCUUGCGAUUGUCAGGUGUACGAUAUUGUGGGGACGACGAGUCGGUGCUCCAGGAAGUCUAUCGCGUCUGCGAGAAGCUCAAGAACGUCAUGGAGAUUCAUUUUUUCAGCGAAUUCCGCCAGGUGCACAUCGAGAGAUUCGUUGCGAGUAUGUCUCCCGAAAACGGGCUCAUGUUUCCCAAGCUCAAGGCCCUCUACUUCGAGAAGUCCUUUCGCCUCGAGGACACGUCGGCGGAAGACGGAGAGCGGGAAGAGCUACACUCAUCUAUCAGACUCAGACACACCCUAGUGUCCGCAAUAGCACAACGCCACUCGCAUGGCCACAUUUCCGGUACCACUGUCGUCUGGAAAGGCAGUGUUAUUCAUAGCUCUUCUCACGUUGAAGGUUAAUUUAACCGGCU